AUGACUGAGUUCCCAUCCCAGGACGGUCGUAGCAAGAGAGGUCAUAGUAACAAUAGUCAUAGUAACAGUGGUCGUAGCAAGAGUGGGCAUAGUAACAGUGGUCGUAGCAAGAGUGGUCAUAGUAACAGUGGUCGUAGCAAGAGUGGGCAUAGUAACAGUGGUCGUAGCAAGAGUGGUCAUAGUAACAGUGGUCGUAGCAAGAGUGGUCAUAGUAACAGUGGUCGUAGCAAGAGUGGGCAUAGUAACAGUGGUCGUAGCAAGAGUGGUCAUAGUAACAGUGGUCGUAGCAAGAGUGGUCAUAGUGACAGUGGUCGUAGCAAGAGUGGUCAUAGUAACAGUGGUCGUAGCAAGAGUGGUCAUAGUGACAGUGGUCGUAGCAAGAGUGGUCAUAGUAACAGUGGUCGUAGCAAGAGUGGUCAUAGUAACAGUGGUCGUAGCAAGAGUGGUCAUAGUAACAGUGGUCGUAGCAAGAGUGGUCAUAGUGACAGUGGUCGUAGCAAGUGUGGUCGUAACACGUGUAUCAUUGCAAUGUUAAUUCUACAAGAAGCAAGAGCGAACGUUGCAAGUGUUAUUGUUGGAAGCAUGAUCGGACCAAGGGUGAUUGUAGUAGCAGCAUGGAAUACAUGCACGUAG